AUGAAUUUCGAUUCAAAUGAUCUUGAUUUUGAUCCCAAUAAAAUACGAGAAAUAGAAAAAAAACUUGAAGAUGAUGGUUAUGUUCGUAUACAAUUUUCAAGUGAACAUUUGCCAAAUGAUCAUCAUAUUAUAAAAAAUAUGGAAAAUUUUUUUAUUGAAAUUAUUGAAAAACUCGGUGGUCAAUGUUUAGAUCAUAAUGAAGAAAAAAAUUCUAUUGUUUGGCAUGUUCAACCAAUACAAACAUCUGUCGAUACAAAACAAAAAUCAUUAGCUCGUUCACAAACAAAUGAUGAAUUUUUAUUUCAUACUGAUGGUUCAUAUGAAUUAAAUCCAGCUGAAUAUAUGGCAUUAUUUGUUUUAGAACAAGAUCAACUUGGUGGUGGACAAUUAGAAAUAAUUCGAUUAUCAGACAUUUUACAAAAUUUAUCAUUAGAAACAAAAGAAAAAUUACUUAAAAAUAAAAUACGAAUAGAUAUACCAGAAGAAUUUCGAAAAUCAUCAAAUAUUGAUCAUAUAGAUGCAACAAUUUUAAUAGAUCAUGAUAAAAUUCGUUAUAGAUACGAUAUAUUAUCUACGGAAAAUAAUGAAGAAUUAAAUGAACUUAAUUCAAUAAUUAAUAAAAUUGAAAAAUAUCGACCAAAAUUAAAUAAAUAUACAAUGAUUAUAUUAAAUAAUCAAAAAUAUCUUCAUGCUAGAACAAAAAUUCUUGAUAAUCGUCGUCAUUUACUUCGAAUAAGAUUUAAUCGAUCAUUACCAUAUAAUAUUUUUUCUAUUUAUGAUCAAACAAAAUUACUUCGAGAAUAUUUAACAUUUUCAAAUGAUUUUUAUGAUUAUUUUGAUAAUCAACAUGAAUAUUUAUAUAAAAUACUAAAUUUAAUUGUUAAACAAUAUAAUCAACCAACAUAUUUAGGUGAAGAAAUUCGACAAACUUUUCAAUUUAAUUCAAAAAUUCAUUAUAUUUUAACACAAUUAAAUAUUUAUCGACCAGAUUUUCAAAUUGGAACUUAUCGUCCAGAUAUUGUUUUUGGUCAUGGGAAUUUAUUUAAAAUAAAUGGAAUUUAUUCAUUUCAACCAAAAAUUUGUGAAAUUAAUGCACGAUUUCCAUUUAAUGGAUAUUUUUUAUCUGCUAGUUUAUGUUCAACCGAUGAUCAAAAUAGAUUAUCACAAAAAUAUUCUAAUUUAAUUGAAACAAUAAUAAAAUUGUCAAAAUUUGAUACAACAAAACCAAUGUUUAUUCUUAAAUCUAAAGAACAUGGUUAUGAUAUUCAUUUAUUUCAACAAUAUUGGACAAAAAAAUAUUCUCAACCAUGUUUAUUUAUUAAUCCAAAACAAUUAAAAAUUGAAAAUAAAAAAUUAUUUGAUAAUAAUACAAAUUAUUCUAUUGAACAAUUUAUAUUUGAAUUACAUCAAGAUGAAAUUUUACAAUUAUCUGAUGAAAUACUUGAAUUAUUUAUUAAAAAUAAUCAAUUAAAUUAUAUAAAUGAUCUUCGAACAAUAUUUAUUUUACAUGAUAAACGUUUAUUUUCACUUUUAUCGAAUCAACAAUUUCUUUAUGCUUUAUUAAAUAAUUCACCAGAUACAUUUAUACAAUUCAUACCAAUAACCUAUGUUAUUAAUAAAAUACCAAAUUAUUUAAAAAAUUCUAUUAUUAAUAAUAAACAAGAUUGGUGUAUUAAACCAAAUACAGCUGGCAAAGGAGAAAAUAUUACUAUGGGUGCUGAUGUAACAUUAGAUGAAUGGAUUUAUCAAUUAUUAGAUUCAAAUCAUGAACAAUGGAUUAUUCAACAAUAUAUUUCAUGUGUACAAUAUAAAUCAAUGAAUUUAUCUGGUUUGUUAUUAUGUUUUAAUGAUCAAUGUUUUAAUAUUGGAAUAAUUCGACUGUCUCCAAAUAAAAUUGUUAAUAUAUCUAAUAGAGGUUAUUUUAUUCGUCCUUAUGUACAUCGAGAAUAUAUACAUUCUAUGAAUGAUGGAAGUAUUUUAACAAAAGAAAAAGUACAUGAACAAUUAAUUGAAUUAAAAUCUAUUGAUAAUCAAUGGAAUCAAAGUGCUUAUAUAUCAGCAUCUGGUGGUAGUGGAGGAAAACAUUUAUAUUUUAUAACAGAUAUUAAACAAAAUUUAUUACAACGAAAAAUAUUAGUUGAUAUGAUGCUUAAACAAAAUAUUAUAUCUCAUAAUGAUAUUUGUCUUAAUUUAUUUCAAUCAAAUUAUAUUUAUCGAUCAUUUGAAAUUUUUAAUGAUUUUUGUUCAAUAGCUAAUUGUACAACAUUACCAAUGAGUGCAAAUACAAAUGAUGAAGAUAUUUUAAAUAUAAUUGAAUAUUUUAAACCAAAUAUUCUUAUGGGUUCACCAUAUCGUUUAAUGCAAUUAGCAUUUUUUAUUGAAAAACAAGAAAAAAAAGAAAUCAAUUUUGAAAAAAUCUAUUUUGCAUGUGAAUCACUUGAUGAAAUCAAACAAAAUUAUUUUAAACAUAUAUUUCAUUGUUCAAUUUAUAUUGGUUUUUAUGGUUCAGCUGAAGCUGGUGUAUUUGCUUGUCAAUCACCAAAAUAUUCAUCAACUAAAAUAUAUCUUUAUCCAAAAGAAUUAGUUCAUAUUGAAAUAAUAAAUUCAAAAAUAAUUGUUACAAAUUUAAUUCGAAAACGAAAUCAAUUAAUACGUUUUGAUACUGGUGAUCUUGGACGAUUAAUUUUAAAU